AUGGGCGUCAACGAGUGGAUUCACGGUGCCAAUAUGGCUGUUGCGCGCUCCUUCGUGGGCAAACGGUUUCGGCUUGAUGGCUCGGGCCAUCGUAGGGAACGUAAGGGAACUUAUUUCUUCACCGAAAUCCGAGCUGGGAUGGCAACGUUCUUCGCUAUGGCCUAUAUUAUCAGCGUCAACGCAACAAUUGUGUCCCAGUCCGGUGGCACCUGUGUUUGCCCACCCGACAGUCCUGAUCUAUGCGAUAGCGACCCAGACUACAUGAUCUGUGUAGCUGGCGUCCAGCGAGAUUUGGUCACUGCAACAGCUGCCAUUGCUGCCUUGACAACUUUCUGCAUGGGCCUUUUUGCAAACAUGCCGAUCGCACUGGCCCCCGGAAUGGGUUUGAACGCUUAUUUCGCUUAUACUGUUGUUGGAUACCAUGGAUCAGGACUUGUACCAUAUCAGGUUGCGGUUACAGCGGUCUUUGUCGAAGGCUUUGUCUUUGUCGGCCUGACCGUACUUGGGUUGCGUCAAUGGCUUGCUCGCGCGAUCCCCGCGUCUAUCAAACUCGCCACAGGCGUCGGCAUAGGGCUAUACUUGACUCUGAUCGGUUUGACCUACAGUGCUGGUAUCGGUGCUGUGGUCGGCGCGCAAGCCACCCCUCUUGAGCUGGCUGGUUGCAAACCUGAGUUUAGGGACGACACGGGGCUAUGUCCUUCGUCCGAGAAAAUGCGAAGUCCAACUAUGUGGAUCGGUAUCUUUUGCGGCGGUUUCUUCACAGUCAUACUUAUGAUGUUCCGGGUCAAGGGCGCAAUUAUCUUCGGCAUCUUGUUGGUCAGCAUUAUAUCUUGGCCGAGAGGGACCCCAGUCACGUAUUUCCCGUACACGGAGCUCGGCGACAGCAUGUUCAAUUUCUUUAAGAAAGUCGUCACUUUCCAUCCCAUUGAGAAGAUCUUGACAGUGCAGGAGUGGGAUAUCUCGGGAUAUGGAGGACAGUUCGGCCUGGCCUUUAUCACCUUCCUCUACGUUGAUAUUCUCGACUGUACCGGCACACUAUAUUCAAUGGCUCGCUUCUGUGGUGCUAUCGAUGAGAAGACCCAAGAUUUCGAAGGCUCUGCUGUCGCAUACCUUGUUGACGCGUUCGGCAUAUCUAUUGGUGCACUUCUCGGAACACCGCCUGUCACCGCAUAUAUCGAAAGCGGUGCAGGUAUAUCCGAAGGUGGCGGCACUGGUCUGACGGCGAUCACCACCGGACUGUGCUUUUUCAUCUCUAUCUUCUUUGCACCAAUCUUCGCGUCAAUUCCUCCCUACGCUACGGGAUGUGUUCUGAUCAUAGUUGGAUCUCUCAUGGCCAAAGCCGCCAAGGACAUCAACUGGCGCUAUAUCGGUGAUGCGAUUCCCGCAUUCCUGACAAUCGCAAUUAUGCCAUUCACAUACAGCAUUGCGUAUGGUCUCAUCGCGGGGAUCAUCAGCUAUAUCGUCCUCAACACCUUUGUGUGGAUUAUGGAGAAGGUCUCCAAUGGCCGCAUCAGGCCCGUGGACAAGGAAUAUAAGGACCCUUGGACGUAUAAGAUCGAAGGAGGAGUCCUUCCACCGUGGGUCACGCGUGCUGCGAAGGGCAAAAAGGACUUCUGGCGGCCUUAUGAGGAUAUCGAGCAUAACACCGUUUCUUCUGGUGCGCCUGGGAUGACUCUCGAAGGUAAAGACGGCGACAGUACCAGUGCUGCGGAAGUCAUGGCUGGAGCUAGUGUAGCCGAAAGAGGCGGGCUUAAGGGUGACGUCAGAGGUAGCACCACAAGCGGGAGUGAAGAGGGAGAGAAGCAAAAGGUUUGA